AGCCUCGCAUAAAUUCUUAACAGCGUCCUUCUAGCCUCAUCCCGUCUUGUCAAGGUUCCAACUUGGUCUGUCAGCGGCGCGGCUUAGUCUUUCUGCCUGUUCAUCAGCCUCGUUCCUGAAACAAAGUUGCGUGCAUCAGUAAAUCUACUUUUGAGAUAACAUACGCAGGCUACAGCUAAACUGCGGUACCCACGGCGAUCACCGCGACUUGGCGCCCAAGAUUUGCUUGUUGCGAUACAUGACGAUCAAGCCAUAACCCAUAACAUUCCUCAUCAUCUCCGACGGUUGCACAUCUAUCCCCACCUCCACAACCGUCGCAUUCACGUCGCAAACUCAUCUGCAACCUAGCAAACACACCACCACGACCCAAAACUAGUUGGAGCACUUGCUUGCGAAAUGGGGAAAUCUCAAUCCAAGCUCUCGCAGGAGCAGCUGGCCGAACUCCAAAAAUCGACUCACUUUGACAAGAAGGAGCUGCAGCAAUGGUACAAGGGCUUUUUGAAGGACUGCCCAUCGGGUAUGCUCACCAAGGAAGAAUUCCAAAAGAUAUACCGCCAAUUCUUCCCGUUCGGAGACCCGUCAUCAUUCGCCGAUUAUGUCUUCAACGUCUUCGAUAGCGACAAAUCCGGAUCCAUCGACUUUAAGGAGUUCAUCUGCGCCUUGAGCGUUACCAGCCGUGGCAAGAUGGAGGACAAGCUCGACUGGGCGUUCCAGCUGUACGAUAUCGACGGAGACGGCAAGAUCAGCUACGAUGAGAUGCUCAAGAUUGUCGAGGCGAUCUACAAAAUGGUCGGCUCCAUGGUGAAGCUGCCAGAAGACGAAGAUACCCCCGAGAAGCGUGUGAAGAAGAUAUUCCGCAUGAUGGACAAGGAUGAGAACGGGAGUCUAGACAUGGAAGAAUUCAAGGAGGGCAGCAAACGCGACGAGACUAUCGUGUCCGCCCUCUCCCUUUACGAUGGCCUAGUAUGAACGCGUUCCAUGGCCGCGGUGUGGGACGAGAGGAACAGCAGGUCGGACAACGAAGUGAGUAGAAACGCGAGGAAAUAAAUGAUGCGCUCAGAACGCGGGGAGUAGCUUAUGGUUAUGGAUGACGAUGCCAGAAAAGGCCAUCCUCCAAACAGAGAAGAGAGGACCAAAUGGAUGGAUGGAUGAACGGACGGCUCUUAUAUUAUCUUUCUUCCCGCGGAUUCCAACUUGGCUUGUUCUCUACGUCUAAAUCCUGCAUA